AUUUUCAUAACCAUAUUAUUUAGAGUGCAGAUGACACUUAAUUCAAUUAAAUACAGAUUCGUAUAAAUAAAGCGUAUGAGACAAUAUUAUUUGAUUUAAUUAUUUUAGAUCUACUGCUUUUUUUAUUUUCUGUUUAAGUGAACAGCAAUGUCGACCUCAAGUUCAGAGGGAGCAAAUGAUACCAAUUGUACACUAAAAGCACUGGGUAUUGCUCCAGAUGAACGAUUCGAGAAAGAAAAUAACGAUCUUAGUAAUGAAAACAGUGAAAACAGUGAAGAUGAAUUUGGGGCCGGUGAUUUUGAUGGCCGCACAGUAGAUGAAGAAGAAGUACAAGAAGAAGAAGAGGAAGAAGAUGGAUUACUUCGGUUAGAAUCGAAUCUUCAACUCACUAAAACCAUAAGCAGAAGAAUAACCGGGGUAGAUGAUCUUCUUUUGGAAGCUACUGAAACUAAAGAACCUUUGCCUACAAUGGGAGGAGGUAAGGAUUAUCCACCCCCUUUACCUCUAGACCGUACUCCAUAUCAAGUACAGUUUGAUGGUCCUCAUGAUCCAAUUCAUCCAUUCAAUUGGUCAGGCAAAGAAAAGUUUCUAAUAUGUUUUAUUGCAUGUAUAGGAGCAUUUUCCAUUGCAAUUGGGUCAGCUCUUUUCUCACAGGCACAAGUAUCAUUGAUGGAAAUAUAUCACAUUGGUUGGACUCCUGCUACUUUGGGUACUUCACUCUUUGUAUUUGGAUUUGCUUCUGGCCCUAUUAUAUGGGGUCCUCUCUCUGAAUUAUAUGGGAGAAGAAUCCCAACAAUAAUUUCAGGAUUAGGGUAUGUUUGUUUUUGUUUCGGGGUAGCAACUGGAAAAGAUAUUCAGACCAUUCUAAUAUGUCGUUUCUUUGCUGGCUUUGUUGGUGCAGCACCAUUUGUUGUUUGCCCUGCAAUCCUUUCAGAUAUAUUCUCUACCAAACUUAGAGGGACUAUGGUUUCAAUAUUUGCCAUGGCUUUAUUUGGUGGUCCAAUGCUUGCCCCAGUGAUGGGAGGUUAUACCAUUAGAAACACAAGUCUUGGUUGGAGAUGGACUGGCUAUUUUGUUGCUAUUGUUGGUUCCUUCUCAUUAUUCCUUGCCGUCUUCUUUUUAAAAGAAACUUACCAUGCUUUGAUUUUAGCAAAUAAAGCUGAGACAUUAAGAAGAAGGACUCGUAAUUGGGGUAUUUAUGCACCCCAUGAUGAGUUCAAAUUAUCAAUCAGAGAAAUAUGUGAAAAGAACUUAACAAGACCCUUGAUAAUGUUAUUCACUGAACCAAUCCUUUUUUUGAUCACCCUAUAUAAUGCCUUUAUAUAUGGUAUGCUCUAUUUAUUUUUGACUGCAAUUCCCUUGAUCUUUGAAUAUGGCUAUGGUUGGCAACCAGGCAAUGCCGAGUUACCAUAUAUUUCUAUGUUAAUUGGUACAUUUUUUGGUGGAUUAAUUUCUAUUCUUUUUGAAAAAAGAUUUAACAAGAUAAUGGAAAAAAAUAACCAUGUACCAAUUCCAGAAGAAAGAUUAGUUGCCAUGAUGUUGGGUGCAAUUCUCUUUGCUAUUGGUAUAUUUUGGUUAGGAUGGGGUGGUUCCUUUGGAAAUAAAGUACAUUGGAUUGUUCCUGUGUUAGGAGCUUGCCCUGUAGGAAUGGGAUUGAUAUUGAUCUUUUUACCUUGCCUUAAUUAUAUCAUUGAUUGUUACUUAUUAUUUGCAGCUUCAGCAAUUGCAGGAAAUACCUUCUUAAGAUCUGCAUUUGGGGCCGCAUUCCCAUUAUUUGCAAAACAAAUGUUUGUUAACAUGAAGAUUAAGUGGGCAGCCACAUUAAUUGGAUGUAUCUCAGUUGCUUUAAUUCCCGUUCCAUUUUUGUUUUACAUUUAUGGAUCAAAGUUAAGAAAGAAGUCAAAAUAUUCAAUGGACCUUAAUAUGAUUUAUGGGGGAGGAGGUGGUCUUGUAUAG